AUGGUCCUUUCUGCUUCCACAAAUAUCUUACUCUGCCUUUCGUCAUUAUCUUCCAAGUUGACUUCAAACACUAUUGAAUACGUUCAUAGCUUUGAGUAUUCCAUUCCUAUGCAGAGGAGCCUUUGCGAAGUAGACAGUCCCUUUCCCAUUCACGGUAGGCUUUCCUCUCCUGUAGCCUAUGUUGUUUACUGUUUGUUGAUGUUUUGGUCUUGUAUUUUGAACUCCUUAUUUUCGAUCUUUUUUAGAUCAGGAGAUUUAUGGUCGUACGCGACGAAUGUUGGUAUUUUUCUUUGUUUUUGUUUACAGUUGAAGCUUUGCGGCGCGUCAAUCUUCGCGUUGUUUUUGAAAAAUAUAAUGAACAGCCGUUCAAUCUGGUGUAAACACAUCUUUACAAACCGUCAACAAUCGUUCCGAAAGAUAUUUAUAACGAAUAAACCGCUGGUAACUAGCGGCAAAGCUUCUCAGCAUGCGAUCCAUUUUAAGGCUAGUUUCGAAAACAGGCGUUACACGAACGAUCAACUUUGCAAUGCUUCAAAAGUGAUGGCAAUCAUCCUAAACAUCAAAAAGCAAAUUACCAAAAUUAGAUGA